ACUCGCUGUCGGAGAGAAGAGAGAGAAAGCGCUGCAGGUAUCGGUGGAUAUGGAUACUGCAGAAAAGCGUUAUUUAACUGUUUAACACAUUUUAGUAGAGAGCUAUGUAUCGAAAAAUUAUAUUUUGACAGCACUGUUAAAAAACCUCAAACCUUAAAGAUUCGGGGCUUUUGAAAAAACAUUCGUGGGUCCAAAUCCCUGAGCCCACCCCUAGCGCCACCAGGGGAUUUCCAGUGGAUUUCUACAUGUUGGAUAUAAAAGUAUCUCCGUCCCGCAAACACUCCAUUCGCACGAAUGACGAAGCAUAGGCUACGUUUGAAAAGAAAGAAACUACAAGAUAAAUCCAGUGUAUCACUUUCAGAUGUCAGGUAAAAGGCAACUAAGCAUCCUCUCACUCAGAGGAAACCCCCCUAAAAAGGCCAGGUUACAGGAUGCUGACCCAGAGAAGGUGUCGAAAAGGGUAGGCCCAUUAGAGGAGGAGACGGUGCAGGUGGAAGAGGAAGAGAAGGCAAAAGGAAAAAGUGUCAUGGAUUUGCAGGUAAUGGAGGCAGUUUCUGCACCUCUAAAUGAGGGAAUUGUCUCUAUCUGUAACAUCUGCAAGUCCCUCUUGAAUUCACAUGUAGAUCCCAACACUGAAAUGUGCUCCAAUUACAAACAAAUCAGGCAACAUAUUGAGCAUGCUGAGCAGUGCCUGAAAAAAUCUGAGAAAAUGAGUGAAGAAAAACUGAAAUGUUUGGAUGAACGCAUGGAGCAACUUACUAAAGAAAAACAAAAUCUUGAGCAACAGAACAAGGAAAAACGCAUGGCCAUGGAUAAAUUACACAUCGAGAAGAAAUCUGCUGAAGAAUCAUUAAAGCAUUCUGAAGCAGCUUUGGAGCAGGCUAAAAAAAUUGUAGCAUUAAGAAAAGAUGAAAUAAAAAGAGAGACAGAUAGGAAGAACACAGGUGAAGGUGUAGCAAUUGCAGGGGCAGUACUGACUCCAAUACCAAUUCUGGGAUGGAUUGCAGGUCCGAUAAUGAUGGCCAAGGGAGGACGUGUAUCUGAUGAUGCUUCAAGGGCUAUCAGGGUUGCUGAAGAUGAGCUAAAAAAAAAUGAGUCCCAAAUGAAAGAGAACAGCAAUAAGGUGUCUAAUUACCAUUCCAGGAUCUCUACCAUACAGAAUGAGAUUAAAGAGACUGAUAAGGUGCUGAAUAAAAUUCCGAAGGAUAUUGAAAAAGUGAAGCAGAAUCAAGUGGUCACAGCUGAUUUUCAGGAAAUAGUCAGGAAAGCUGUGAGGCUUCUGAGUGUUCUUAGUGGAAGAGUCACUGUACUGGAGAAGCAAACUCGACGUUUCAUCCUUUGGGGGCCUGUGGUAAAGGUCAUGGAAGAUGUGAUGAAGGCAGUAGUAAAUGUUGCAGAGAAUCGGCUCCUUUGUAAUCAGGGUGUACCAGCCUUUAUAAAAGCUUUGAGGAAGAAUGUUGGAGAACUACUGGCUUUAUGCAACUCAGCCCAAAAUUCUGAACAUGACAGCUAUUACUGAUCAUCUAUAGUAGAAUGCAUAGAAACCACCGUAUAUGUAUGCAAGUGAGGCAAGAAACAAAUAAUGAAAAUGAGGCAUACUUUGAAUUGCAAAAUGUAAUAUUUCUCAAUAAAAGCAUGACAUAACAACAAA